AUGAACAAUGGUACAGAGCACCCAACAGAAUCAGGUACCACGCCGGCUGUUAAGAGGCGCUCUUUGAGCAACUAUUUAUCCAAUAUUCAGAAGAGAAAACGGGAACUGGAGGAAAACAGCAGGAAACAAGAAAGCUCUGAAACACAAGGAGAUAAGGACACAAGCACAUUUAAAGACCCAGUGAGUUUGGAAAGCGAUCAGAAGACUAAGCCGGUGGUGGAAAGUGAUCCAAAGACUAAGCCAAUAGUGGGAAUUGAUCAGAAUGAUGAUCUAACGAAUACUACUUUCAAUACCGCUGAUGCAAACACAGGCGUAACCAAGGAUCUCCCUAAAGGAAAACUGGGGAAUCCAUCUGAUAGUACAACUAAUUCAAGAGAAGUUACGGCACCGAAGAAGGACGGAGGUGCUCUAGAGGUUGGGGAAUAUCACCCAGAAAUUGAUGCCACAAAUGUAUUGGAAGACGAAGGGCACACAUCAGAUAUCAAGAGUCCGCCACUUCCAAGAGAAACGAAAGAAGAUACAGUAGCGAGCAGCGAUAUAGACACUGUCGAGAAGCUCAGUGGUCGCCAGCUCCCGAAACAACCAGUUAAAGAUGAGGGAAACGGGGAAGAUUCUGAGAUUGGGACACAAAACAGAAAUAUGUUAGGGAAGACCAAAUUGGUGAACAUGCUACGCAAUACCGAAGCUAACGAAUCCCUUGAGCUUGUUGGUGAUAACGAAGAAAGUGAGCUCAGCGAAGUAGAAAGCGAUGCGCCUACUGAGCCAGCAUCUCCGCCUAGACCGCGUUUGGGCCGACUAAUACGUGGCGAUGAACUGCGAUCAUCUCCUUCCAGCAGAACUCCAGUUUUGCAUUUUAACAAUAGCGAUGAGUCAGAAUUAUCAGAUUUGGACAAUUUGAAUCAAAUUCCGCUUUCAAGCAGCAUAUUACACGCUGAUUCUCCGCCAGACAAAUCAUCACAUUUAUCACUGAAAUCGUCACCAGGCAGUAUUCCCAGGGCUUCGCAGGUAUCCCCGACCCAUCGCAGGGCAUUUAUCGGUCUCAAAAAACAAGCAAAAGUUAAGAAAAGCACUGUCCACAGAGACGCUGGGGGACGGACCAAACUGCAGAUCUCAUGCGACAAGGGUAAACUUGAAAAUGCAAGAAAACUCAUUCAAGAGGGCUUCAAUGUCAACGAUCAGGAUAAUGCAGGGAACUCGUCUCUGCAUGAGGCUGCCUUGAAUGGGCACCUCGAUAUUGUGAAGCUACUACUUGAAAGCGGAGCCGACGUCAACAUACAGUCAUUCGAGCCUAUCAAAGAUACUCCCUUGAUAGAUGCAGCUGCGAAUGGUCACCUGGAGGUAGUAAGACUACUUCUCAAGUACAAUGCCGAUCCUACAAUAGCUAAUGGCAAGGGCCUAACCGCCAUUGAGUCGAUUGAAGAGGACUCUGAUCUGGAAAGUGAAGAUCUCCAUACUGUCGAAGAUUUAAAGCGUGCGUUGAGAAGAGGCAUGGAAAGAUUCGUUGAAUCAGGUGAAAGACAAGUGCGGUCGUCCUCUAAUAACAGGCAUUCCGACAGCGAAAGGUCAUCUUCAAAUAUUAGAAUAGAGGAUGAGUUUUACUGGACCGAUAUCUCUUCUAAAGUUGGACGAGAGAAGCUUUUGAGAGCUUCCAAGGAGGGAAGACUACCAUACGUGGGAUCUUAUCUUGAAAAUGGUGGUCGUGUUGACGUCAGAUCUUUUCUUGAGGCUGUCAAAUAUGGUCACGAAGAUAUAACAAGUCUAUUUCUGGCGUUUGGAGCUCAAGCAAAUUUGACUACUCGUGAAGGACAAACUCCAUUGAUGAUCGCGCUGGGUCGCGGUCACAUAGGUACUGUAAAACUAUUGUUGGAAGCAGGUGCCGAUCCACAUAUGGAAGAUAGGCAUGGAAGAUCGGUGUUAAGCUAUGCAAAACAUAGUGAAUUGGGACUUCAAAUCAAGCAAGAAACGGAAUUGAUUCAAAAGGCUUUAGAAAUGGGCGGGAAAGGAGAUGCUGGCAUCUCUCGCGACGAAUUACGGUCCGACGAUGAACCUAGCUCCAAAGAUGUCAAUUCCAAGUUGAGCACGGGGAAAGAGAGUAGCGAAAUGGCAGCAGCUACGGACGCUUCGCGGAAGGGGAGUGAAAUCUCGCAAAAAGUAUCUGCCACGCGUAAACGCUCCAGCUCCACCCAGCGAGAAGAUCACCACCCAACAGCAAGGGACGAAUUGGCAACAGGUGCAGCAACAAAGAUGCCGGCCGAUUCCCUUGUGACUGACUAUGUGUUGUCUGCUGCUAUUAAGAAACCCAAGUUAAGGGACUCGUGCAGCCCAAGCGCACCAGAUCUAGUGCCGGAAGCGCCAAGAAGCCAAAAUGCUACACCUCUAAGCUCUACUACACCUAAAGUUGCCGAGACGCCAGAAGAAAAAGAAGAGCGUUUGAAGGCUGAAGAAGACUACAGACAAAAGAGACUGCUUAAUAAAAAGCGGAAAGAGCAAGAGUUGUUGGCGAAGCUCGCCCAUGAUGAAAAAAUGCGUGCAGAGGAGCGCGAUCGUCAAAACGCGCAAGAGGCGCAAAGGAAAAAAGAAGAACAGGAAAGAAUGAUGCGGGAAGAAGAAUUACAGCGCGCUGGUGCGGAACUUGAACGCAGACGUCAGGUCCGUAGACAGUAUCCGCUAGGGUUGCGAUUAAUAGACUUCCAGGCUACUCACGAAUUUGAAAAAUUUCUUCCUCUCUACUUCGUUGUCCUGGAUGGGCAGAAACACGUUUUGGAUCUACAGAUGUGUGUGUUGCUGAAGGAUUCUACGUUCCUGUCCCGUCACCGGAAUGGUCCUGAGGUAUCACACACUCAUAAGACUCAGAUCUGGAACAUUUACAAGUUCAUUUUCUUGCGCGGUGGGCGUCACCCAGCUGGCUUGGCUCGUCGAGCGCAGGUAGAAAUCGAUCAGCUACCAUUCACCAGUCGAGCAGAUCUCGAAUCCCAAGAAUUAGACUUAUUCGUGGCAUUACCACUUCGAUGGAUACCUUGGAAUGGAAUCGAGCUAUCACGUGAACAAGCAUCAUCUGUUAAAUUGGCAGAGUUGGAAAACCAGAUGAUUGAGAUAAGUCUUUACACCGACCCCGGCACAUCCCAUCCAGAUCCAGACAAUGCUAUCAAGACGCCACCCACUGUAUCCAAUUCCUCAAGAACUCAAGAACUUCAAGUCCAAAAUUCCAUUUUGAAAUCCGAGACGUCACCGAUCACGAGACAGUACUUUUUCCCAUUUGACAGCAGCCUACCGGUUAAGUUCCGCAAUCGUCCAGCGAUAAGCAGUCUACUGAAGGGCAGCGUACCCUCGUGGUAG